CAAAUAAAAAUUCAGAUGCCUGAAAACAAUAUGCUCUCUAUUGAACUGUUCGGAAGUCAACACUAUAAAUAUAGUGUCAUAAUAAAAUCGUUGUUAUUAUUCGUGUAUAAUAUAAUCUCGAUGGACACUAAAAUUUGUAAUGGUUUAAAUCCGCGUUCGCCCCAUAUGUUCGCUUCUCCAAGUGCCCUCUCUUCUACAGAUAAAUUCCUGAAUAGAAAUGGUACGACGGAUUCACCGGAUUCUAGCAGCAAGAAGCUUGUUUAUCCUAGCAAGAUACCCGCGAAUAUUCAGACGGUAAAAAAAUCUAUGAUACCCGCGGCUCCAAAUAUAUUGGCAAAAUUGAAUAACGUUAGCUGCCUGCCACACUCGCCUAAUUUGAAUCGCCUGAACCAUAUGAUGAAACAAUCACCUCCAGACCAAUCAAAUGACAUCAUUCCUAAAAUUUGGAAUUAUAAGUGUAUCUCAAAUUCGUUAGUUAACAAUCAGCGUGAGUCAGAGGUUGAAGAAUACAAACAGGAUGAUACUAGAAAAAAGGAGUCUAUCAUUGGAGAGGAAGGAAAGGGUGAUCAAAAAGAAGAAAUAAGACAACCGCCCCGUUUUGAGACCUACAUGAUGACCGGCGAUUUGAUGCUCAAUAUUGAUCCGGUUUUUAGAAAAAGACCACCCACCACCCCCCUAACUCAACCGAAAUCUCCGUCUAUAUCAAAAAGUGCUAUGAACACAAGCCACGAAUCAAAAAACAACGCCUUUAUCAACGGUGACGAGAAAGAUAUAUCAUUGAGUAGCCACAUAUCAACCCGCCUUUCCGACCUUUAUGAAGACUAUCGGCGGUUGAAACAAUCCUCGUCAUUUGAGCACCCGUUAUCGGAUACAUUAGAUAUAGACAAGGAGGAAAUUGGGAAAAAUUGGAAUCACGAUCACGAUCACGAAACUAUUUCCGAAGGAGAAUAUGCCAUUAAUGGGACGAUCUUAUUAAAAGGAGAGGAUAUUCUUAAAAUGGGUGCCAACGAUAACGAAAUCUGCUUAAGAAUAUCCGAUAAUUUCGAGGAUGUUAAAUAUAUAACCUAUGGGAGCGGCGAUACCUACAUAUUUUCGAAAUCUCCGGUCUCGGAACACGUGGAGCUUCCAGUAGUCAAUGACGAAAAUAGUGUGCCUACCUCGAAGCUCGCCGAAGCUAGAUUUGAAAGUUCUCAGUCGCUACCUUCUAGUCCAGCCCAUCUUAUUGGUGCUGAUAAAUCGGCUGCCUGUGGGGACAAUAAUUACACCCCUCCUCCAAAAAGCAAAGAUAAAUUAAUCGAGGAUUUACCACCCUUAUUUGAUGCUAAUGGUGAUCAUGAUCAUGACAAGGAGCCCUCUGAGAAGAAUAUAAAUUCUGGCGAAAAGAUCGCGGCCCUCAGAGCCAGUCUAGAAAGGCACCGCUUGCGAUCCCGUUUACCCACUCCAAGCACCAAUAACCAUAAUAAUUCAUCUUCCACGGUGAAGAAAAGAUGUCUAGACACCUCUCAUCAAUCCACCGCUUCUUGCCUAACCCUCUGCACAGAUUAUUACGCGCCUCCUAUACAAAAUAAAACUAAAGCAGACCUCCCCCCAAAAUCUUUCGAUAAAUGCAAUAGUUUUGGUAACGGCGAAAAUCUGAGCGUCACGAAUAGCGAAAACGAUAGCUAUAACGCCAGUAGCAAAAACAGUCAGGACGAAAUAAUCAGAAUGAACAAUUCCGAAAACAUUGAUAAUUCUUCCCUCGAAUUUUCUAGGCAGAUUAACGAAAUCACAAAAAAUUUUAUAGACCAAAACAAGAGACUCGAAAUGAUGGCGGCCGCAGCCGUGGCUUCAUCCACCCUAAGAAAUAACCUGCAUUUUUCUUCGACUAUAAAUGAAAAGGUUAAAGCAAUCCUAGAGCCCACUUCGUCGAUAUCUCCCGUCUCAUCAGGAAGAGAAAACGACUACUACGUUAUCGAGAAGCGUGCCGCUAGAGACUUUCUAAACGUUUUCGCCACCAACAACAAACAUUUUAUCAGUCUAGAUAAUAAGCAAAGCAAUGAUAGUUUCCUUGAAAAUGGUGAAAGUGAUAACAAACCCGAAUGCUCUUUCAAAGUGCCCAUCGAGGAAGAACCUUUGUUGCUGAAAAGACUUUACCAUCUGGACGGGUUCGAUAAAUGUCAAGUGGCUAGGUGUCUUAAUAACAUGGUCGAUAGCAACGAAAGACUGGUCGAGGAAUACUUUAACGAAUUUUCGUACGAAAAAAUUCCGAUAGACGCCGCUCUCCGCAAUUUUUUUCUUCACGUGUCAUUGGUGGGCGAAAAUUGUGACCGAGAAAAAACUCUCAAAAUAUUUUCAAAAUACUACUAUCAAUUCAAUCCUAGCGAUUUUAUUUCCGAAGACUCUUUGCACAUACUUGUUUGCGCCUUGGUUCUACUUAACACGGACUUUUAUAUUUGCAAUAUCGGAAAGAAAAUGUCUUGCAAAGAAUUCAUAACGAAUUUGACGUCCAUGGGAACUUAUGGAAAAUCUUACAACAAAACGAUGCUCAAGAAAUUGUAUCUUUCGAUAAAGGAAAAACCACUUCAAGGUGCAAUUGAUAAAAACGUCACCGUUGACAAUAAAAGCGGCAAACCCGACAACAAAUUUUUGGAACAAAAUUCAUAUCUUACAUUGCCUCCACCUUUUAUGAAAGAGGACAUAGCUAUUAAACAAGGAUUCCUACGUAGAAAAUGUUGUAAAGAAGCCAACGGCAGAAAAUCAUCAUUCAUUCGGAGAAAUUGGCGAACAUUCUUCGCUACCUUGAGAGGUCGAAUAUUAUAUCUUAACAAGGGCGGAAUCUUGGGCGAGGAUUCUUUUUUAGGCCACGACUAUAACUCUAUCCGUCUGCAUCAUGCUCUGGCCACUAAAUCCUCCGAAUACGUUAGGAAGCCUUUCGUUUUUCAGCUUCAGACCGCUGAUUGGGCAAUAUACUUUUUUCAGGCCGGCAAUCUUAUUGAUAUGGAAAACUGGAUCGAAUCAAUAAACUUAAUUUCCGCGACUCUCUCCGCCUUACCCCUGCCUAGCCCUAUCGAAAGCGGGCGAAAUAAAAAAUUUCACAAACCCCUUCUACCAUCGUUACCUACUAAAUAUAAUAUGCUGGACCAACUGAAACAACACGAAUAUAAGGUAAUCGAAUUCGAACAAGAGCUUCAAAUUCUGAGAGAAGCUCCACCCGCGCCCCAAUGGAAAACUCGAGAAAUCGUCCACUUUAAGGAGCGGGAAAAUUAUUAUUUAUAUGAAUUGAAGCGUUACAAAACUUACGCCACUAUCCUACAACGUAAAUUGAUGAAGAGAAGGGCUGACACCAGUUCCUCGACCCCUGUGGUUGUUUUAAAGGCGGACGGGAAAACUUCGUUACUAAGUGAAAACAAGAGAAACGCUUUGGGGGAUUCCUUUUCUAAACAUUUGACUCCUUCCUCUCACUCAAGAAUUUCCAAUAACCAAGUCAAUCAUAUUUCCAGUGUCAGGAAUCUCAAUGGAUCAUUAAAAGUUGAUUUCCCAUCUCCUAACUUAAAAAAUUUAUCUUCCUUAACAAAUUCCUCAAAUUUCGCCACGAGAACCCACUCAGAUCGAUACAGUUACAAAGCUGCCAUUUAUAAAACGGAAACCGAAAGAAAUUAUUUUUGAAAUAUCAAAAAAAUAUCAAAUCAAGCCAUAUAAAAUAGGAAUUAUGGUUUAGUGCAAUUCCCACCAGCAAAAAUCAAGCAAAUUUUACGUUUGUUAUUAAAUUUCCAUAAUGCCAUGAAAUCAAAUAUUAUAUAUCAUAUUUGAUAAAAUAAUUUAUAUAGGCGUAUAUAGCGCAUUAAUAUGUUUAUUUAUUUCCUAUAUUAUUGGGGAAAAAAGUUUAAAAAUCAAGUUUAUUUUAAAAUAUUUGAUUUAUAAAAAUCAAAAAAUGUUUAUUAAAUCAUUUUCUAUCAUAUUUUUAUUGAAUUCAUUUUUCAAUUAACAUUGUAGAUUAAUCCAUAUAAAUGAUAUAUUU